AGGAACACUCCGGAGCUUCAGGCCUUCGACCUCCUCGCCGUCCAGCCGACCACAGAGAAACUCUUCCACACUGCCUGUAUGGUGUAUGACGCUGACAUCAUCUGCGUCUCGGUGACGGAGAAGCUUCCCUUCUUCUUCAAGAGGGCGCCGGUUAACGGGGCGAUAGACAGGGGCGUGGCGUUUGAGGUCUCGUACUCUGCGGCCAUCAGAGACGCCACCAUGCGGCGCUACACCAUCGCUAACGCCGUGUCUCUGAUGGAGACCUGUAAAGGGAAGAACGUGAUCCUGUCCAGCGCAGCGGAACAGCCUCUGGAGCUCAGAGGGCCCCACGACAUCACCAACCUAGGGUCGCUGUUCGGUCUGUCGGACGGAGACGCUAAAGAAGCAGUUUCCUCCACCUGUCGAUCUGUUGUACUACAUGCAGAAACCAGGAAGACGGCCAGCGGCAUCAUUUCCACCAUGAAGAACCGCAGGGAUUGGUCCUGCCAGCCGGAGGCGGAGCCUGCAUCUGAGCGCUGUGAUGCUCCGACAGCCAAGAGAGCCAGACCUCACCUGGCUGAGUGAUUGACAGCUGAGGAGGGCGGGGCUUCAGGAGUUCCUCUUUAAUUUGAUUUCACCUUCUGACUUUUGUUCCGACUGAAGAAGCUCAAUAAAGUUUCAAACACAAAGUU